AGUCCUACGGGAAACAUCAGUCGCAGCAAAAAUAAAAAUUGUACUUUAUUUUCAACUUCAACUCUCGCAAGUUAACAAUAUUUUCUUGGAGUUUAUCUUUUGCCCAAUUUGUGUCGUGCAUUUUCGUGAUAAUAUUUAAACUGAGGAACAAAUACAUUUAGAAAAAAAUAACAAAAAAAAAACAAAAACUGAAGCAGAACAAUAUCAAAAUCCAAACGGUGAUAACACAGUGAAAAAAAAGUGUGACAAUUAAUCACAGUGAUUACGCGUGCACAAAAACAAAAUCAAAAAAACAAUCAUGGUAUCAACAUUGAAUAUGUCACAAUACAUGCCUGGAUAUCCCUUUCACGGUCAAGGAAGACUUAACCAACUCGGUGGUACGUUCAUCAAUGGCAGACCAUUGCCAAAUCAUUUGCGCUUGAAAAUCAUUGAGAUGGCCGCUAAGGGCGUCCGACCAUGUAACAUUUCACGCCAAUUGCGUAUCUCGCACGGUUGUGUAUCGAAAAUUUUGAAUCGUUACCAAGAGACUGGCUCCUUCCGUCCUGGUGUGAUCGGCGGAUCCAAACCACGUAACACAACGCCGGAAAUCGAGAUAAAAAUUCAGGAGAUCCGUAAACAAAACCCAAAUAUGUCGGGUUUCGAAAUCCGAGACAAACUCAUUCAAUUGGGCAUUUGUGACAAAAACUCCGUUCCAUCUCAAUCAUCGAUCAAUCGCUUGUGCCGUGACGGACAUUCGGACAGUUUAUCGAACAGCGGCUUAAUUGGCAACUCGUCAUGUGGCGACGAAAGUUCUGGCGAAAGUGAUAUUGACUUCGAACCGGGUCUAUCUUUGAAGCGUAAACAACGCCGUUCACGUACCACAUUCAGCAACGAACAAUUGCAAGAGCUCGAGAAUUCAUUCGCAAAGAACCAUUACCCAGACGUUUAUUUGCGUGAAGAAUUAGCACAAAAAACCAAAUUGACUGAGGCUCGUGUCCAAGUUUGGUUCUCGAAUCGUCGUGCACGUCUACGCAAACACUCGAAUUCACAUGAAAUAUCGUCAUUGCCCGAAGGCUUAGUAAAUUUGCCAUUGCAUCUUUCAUCACAAUUUCCACAGCACCAUCAUCAUUCGUCGUUGUCUACAUUGUCCGAGAGUGCUGCGUCGUCGAUGCCAUUGUCAUCGUCAUUGCAAUGGCCAUCGUCCGGAAUAAAUUAUAACAUGAGCUCACAACAAACUGGCGCCCAUCACUUGAACACCCUUCAAUACAAUCCAAACUCUUAUGGUCACCAUUUCAAUGCAUCAUCACUUUUGGCCGCAAACAAUAAUCCAGCAUCGCUCAGUCCACCAUCCAGCACAUCAGCCAGCCCACAUUCGCUCAGUCCAGUCAGCAGCACACCAAACAGUAUCGGACACGUUCCAUAUGCAUCUUCAAUUGAUUCGGCCAAUCAAUUAUCAUCGGGUUUCGGACAUGCAUCUGCUAAUCAAUCGAGUGCAUACAACAGUUUGGCUGCAGUUUCAAGCGGAUAUCAACCACAUCCACAUGCCCACACAACAAUGACCGAUAGUAGCCAUUGGCGUUCACAUGCACCACGAUCACUCGAAUGGGAUACUUAUAGCCCGUUCUUUGCAAGCAACAUGAGCUCAUACCCAACAUCCAGCACGUCCACAUCACCAGCCGGCUCAUCAAUUGCAUCCAGUAUCGGUGAAGUGAAACCACAAAUCACAUCCAAUUACCCAUAUUUCGGUCAAUUCAAUCUGGACUGGAAAACCGAGGGACAUCUCUGAAUGAUGAUGUGAUGCGAUUCAAAUGCAUCGUCUAUAGUAAAAUCGAUAAAAGUAUAUAAUGUAAUGUUUUAUUUAAUUAGAUUUUUUAAUUACUUCUAAGUUAUCAUUUUCACACAUUUUCAUAAAAACCAUUGAGCUUGAGUUGUGUGAGAGAAUAAAAUUGCACAGCUCGAACCCCAUUUUUUUCCUUUCGCUCACCGUUAUUUUAAGGCAGACUUAAUGUUACAUCCUUAAUCGCAUUGGUUUUAUGCUCUUCGCAUUAUUAGCUCUAGUAAGAUAUUAUAUUUUUAGGUUCUAGCUCAAUUCAAACAUGAAAAAAAAUCGACCAAAAUCAAAAUAUCGCUACUUCAAGUGGUAUUAUUAUUAUUAAGCGAAAACAUUUUCAAGGAUUCAAGAUGUUUUCAUUAGUGCUAUUGAAGUCAUGUUUAUCGUUCUAUAUUUCAUAUACGAAACAACAAAUAGUAUUGUAUUAAGAAUAGUU